AUGGCCGAGAACGACCCUCUGUUGAACCUCCGCCAAGCGAUUGCCGCCAACAAGCCCCCGAUACCCACGACCAAUGCCGACGCGUCCAGCGCUGCGGACACAGAGGAUAACCUGGCCAAAGCGACUUACCUCCAAUUCAACCACGAAGAGGGCAAGCACCGAUCGAUCGCGCUGAACACGCCGACGCGCUUUGUGUCAUCGGGGCAGCCAAUCGACCUGCGCAGCGUCUACUUCACCUGGCAAAAGAAGGAUGCAGCGGUGCCCGAGUACAUCACGGCGACGCAGCGGCUAAACGAGGAGCUGGAAGCGCCGGGCGGCGCAGGUGGCGCGGUCAAGAACCUGGUCUUCGCCGAGAAGCUGGACCUCAUCACCUGGCUGGAGGGCGGCUCGGAUGAAAGCGAGAACAUCAAGCCGCUGGCCCCCGAGGCCACGGCGGCGACGAGCGCAUCCAACAUCGCGGCGGGUGCUACGGGUGGCAUUGCUACGGUGCCGAGCGGUGCCCCGAAGGCGGGCAAGUCGCAGCCGGACCCCCGUUUGUUGGAGAUUUACAAUGGCGAGCGGAGGAUGGGCGACAGGAACAGCGUACUGAGGGGCAUCAAGCCUACGGACUUUUCGCAUAUCCGCAAGAACGCGGCGGCCUUCCUCGGCCAUCACAAGCGCGGGCACGCUCAGGCGCCAAACCCGCUCAACAACGUGACAAACCCGGCGCUUGUCUCGAACCUGAAGAAGCCCAGCGGACGCCGUCCCGAUCCUAUCAUCCUUCUGUCACCCUCUGCUUCGUCACUGCUGCGCAUGACGAACAUCAAGUCCUUCCUCGAGGGCGGCCUCUACAUCCCCGCGGACUCCGCCUCGGCGGGCAGCGCCUCCAACCUGCUCAAGCUUAGCCGCACCCUCCCCAGCAUCGACCCUACGCGGCCGAUGCGCUUCAUCCUGGUUGACUCGCUCGACCAAUUCAAGCCCGACUACUGGCAGCGCGUUGUCGCCGUCUUCACGACGGGCCAGACGUGGCAGUUCAAGUCGUACAAGUGGACGCAGCCCGCGGACCUGUUCAGCCACGCGCUGGGCGUGUACGUGGGCUGGCGCGGGGAGACGGUGCCCGAGACGGUGCGCGGCUGGGGUCGCGGCGUCAUGACCGUCCAGGUCGACAAGUACAUGGCGAACCAGGGGACGACGGGCCGAUGGCGCGACAGGGAGGUCGUAGAGCAGAUCUGGGGUGCGAUUGAGCACAGCAUGAAGAGCAAGGGCUGGACGAAGGAUGGCAUCCCCGUCGGGCGGUAG